AUGCUCCGCCACACCACGACCAACAACGCUCCCACUCCCCACAUCAACCUCACACCACCAUCACCACCGAGAGAGAAAAGCUGCGCGAGGAGAGAGCAACGGAGGGGCAUCACGCGGAACAACGCACGUAAAGACAAGCGAGCGGACGAGAAACUGUGUCCUCUCGUCUGGUUGGCUCUCCGUUCUGCCUCUCGACGGGGCGCUGCGCGUGUGUCUGAUCGCCUUCGCCGGGGGUGGCUGCGCGGGUUGGUGGUGGGGGGAGGGCGCUGGAGAGGCGAAAGGGUGAGGGGAGUAGGUGGGAAGACCUGGGUCGCUGCGCGGCUGCUAGUCCGGACGCGUGGGGUGGCGGGGGUGGCUCGUCGGGGGCGGCGGCUAGCCCUCACGCCUGAGCGCGGUAUGGUGGAGCGCGUGGCGGCGUCCGAAACAGAGCUGGAUUCGACACUCCCCGUGGGAGCGCGAGGUGGGGUGGGUGGCGCGGCGGUGAGGUGCGGGUGGGGCUAUGCUCAGCGCGGGCCGGCGGUGGGGGGUAGUGGGGGGGUGGCCGUUUAG